AUGCUUGCUGCGAAUGGAGAUGGCCCGGCAGUGCCGGGAAUAUCUGACGUUCUCCGCUAUUUGGAGAACGAACCUGUAAUGCUCCAUGCAUUACAGGAGUUUAUAAAUAUGACGCAGCAGCGUGAUAGCCUGCUGAAUGCCCGCUUGACCGAGGUAGAAAGACGACUGGCGGGAUAUGAAGGGCGAAACGCCCAACAAGAAGUGGAAGUAGAAGAAAUGGAGGAGGGACCGGCACCUCAGGAGCCGGAAUUUAAUAUAGAAGAAGCAGAGUGGGCACCUCUGCCGGAAAGUGACGAUGAAGCCGAUUGGCUAGCGGAAGCAGAGCGUGCCCCUCUGCCAGAUAGCAGCGAAGAAAGCCCUGAGGUGCCGGUGGCACCGGUGGAGGCAAGUGGUGUUGAGGAACCGGAGGAGGAAAUUCGAGAGAUCGUCCUAAGAUCAAGGACGAUAAGAAUUGCGGUUCCAGCCACGAACACGGCGUUGGCUGCGGCGAUACCGGAAGCAUUCCGCCCCGCAGAUCUAGGGGACCUUCCGGUACAGCUCCGAAGAGAGCUGGAAACACCGCAGGCGGAGCCGUACACGGUGAUUCGGGCAGAAGGAAGUACCAGCAUCGUGUGCGGCAUCUGCAACAGGCAGUUUGGGUCACUGAAAGGGUGGCGCAUCCACACGUCGAGGAUGCAUAAGCAGGAUGGUUUCUGUGCCCGUUGUGGGCAUUAUCUCCUGCUUCCACCCAACUUUACGGCUGCGCAGAAGACUGCAGCAUUGGAAUUACAUGCCCUUGACUGGUGCCCAAGGGCAUGCGCAGCCGUAAUGAAGGAAAGGCAGGUGAAACGCCGCCGUCUUAAUCUUGUGGGGAGAGAAGAGGACACUCAUCACCUCUUCGUUCCAGGCCAGUAA